AUGGCACAUGCUAUUAGAGAAUGCUCACUGGCACUUACAUUUUUAACCCUGUGGCUGUUGGUUAAAGCAAAUAUAGAUGUGUGCAAGAGAGGACAAGUGACUGCAAAGCCUUCCCAUGUGGUGCCGCUGGGAUCACCUGUCAUUAUUUCCUGCUCUUUGAAACCCAGACAAGGCUGUUUGUACUAUUCUACUUUGAACAAAUUAAUCCUCUACAAGUCGGGCCAAGAAGUCAGUGUCCACCAUGGUCAGUCCUUCAGUUUUCAAGCCACAGAUCUUCCCCUUGGCAAAACCGUGUUUGUCUGCAAGCUGGCCUGUAUCCGUAGCGAUGAGAGUCAAGUUUGUGGGGUGGAGAUCUCAGUUGGUGUUGUUCCAGAGCAACCUCGAAGCCUGUCUUGUAUACAGAAGGGAGAACAUGGGAAUGUGACUUGCACCUGGGACCCAGGAAGAAACACUUGCCUAAGCACCAACUAUACCUUCCAGUUAACUGGACCAAAAAACACAACUUGGAAGAAUCACUGUCACAACUGUGAUCAUUUGGACCUUGGGACCAGCCUAAAACCUGAAUUACCUGAAUCCAGGUUCUUAGCCAAGGUCACUGGCACCAAUGGGCUUGGAAGCGCUUCUUCAUCUCCAUUUCCUUACACAUUCUUGGACAUAGUGAGGCCUCUUCCUCCGUGGGACAUCAGGAUCAACUUCCUAAAUGCUUCUGUCAGCAGAUGUACCCUUCGGUGGGAGGAUGAAGAGCGAGUGAUGCUUAAUCGCCUCAGAUACCGGCCCCGUAACAGCGAGUUCUGGAACAUGGUUAAUGUCACAAAUGCCAAAGGAAGACAUGAUUUGCAGGAUCUGCGACCAUUUACAGAGUAUGAAUUUCAGAUUUCCUCUAAACUACAUCUUUAUAAAGGAAGCUGGAGUGAUUGGAGUGAAUCAGUGAAAAUACAAACACCAGAGGAAGAGCCUACUGGGACAUUAGAUGUCUGGUACAUGAAACAGAACAUCGACUCUGAGAGACAACGGCUAUCCCUUUUCUGGAAGAAUCUGAGCACAUCAGAAGCACGGGGGAACAUCCUCUACUAUCAGGUGACCUUGCAGGAGAUGACAGGGAGGAGAACCGCACUGCAGAACAGCACAGAACGCACCUCGUGGACCUGGGUCAUUCCCAGAACCGGGACUUGGGCUGCAACUGUGUCUGCAGCCAACUCAAAAGGCAGUUCCUUGCCCACUCGAAUUACCAUAGUGCACCUGUGUGGCACUGGGUUGCUGGCUCCUCACCAGAUCUCUGCAAACUCAGAGAACAUGGACAACAUCGUGGUGGCCUGGCAGCCUCCAGAGAAAGCUGCCUCUGCAGUUUGGGAGUAUGUGGUAGAAUGGAGAGCCCUCCAUCCAGGGAGCUUCCCACAACCUCCACUAAGCUGGCUUCGAAUCCCCCCCUACAACUUGUCUGCUCAGAUUUCAGCAAACAUAAAGCCCUACACCUGUUAUGAAAUCCAUGUACAUGCACUGUCAGAAAGUCAAGGAGGGUGUAUCUCCAUCCUGGGUGACUCCAAGCACAAAGCACCACUGAGUGGCCCUCACAUCAGUAACAUUACAGAGGAAAAGGGGAGCCUUUUUAUUUCCUGGAACCACAUCCCAGUCCAGGAGCAAAUGGGCUGCAUCCUCCAUUACAGAAUAUACUGGAAAGAACGAGACUCUAGCUCACAGCCUGAACUCUGUGAAAUUCCCUACAGAAGCUCCCAAAGUUCACACCCAAUAAACAGCCUGCAGCCUGGAGUGACAUAUGUUCUGUGGAUGACAGCUCUGACUGCUGCUGGUGAAAGCCCUCAAGGAAACGAAAGGGAAUUUUGUCUACAAGGAAAAGCCAACUGGAAAGCAUUUGUGGCAUCAAGCAUUUGCAUCGCUAUCAUCACAGUGGGCAUUUUCUCAGUACGUUACUUUCGGCAAAAGGUAUUUGCUCUCUUUUCUACUCUCAGACCUCAAUGGUGUGGCAGAGAAAUUCCAGACCCAGCAAACAGCACUUGGGCAAAGAAGUACUCCAUUGUGGAGAAGAUGCUGCUGCCUAUGGACAGUCUCUUGAUGGCCUGGCCCGCUCCUGAAGAGCCUGAGCCCCUGAUCAUCAAUGAGGUCUUUUACCAAAUGAUCCCAGUCUUCAGACACCCCCACUGCCCCAGAUGGCCAGAAAGAGAACAAGGAGUCCAUCACUCUUCCUCCAAGGAAGACACAGUAUACACCUCCUCCAGCUCACAACCUUCAAGAACCCUCACAGUUGAGACAAGACAACUAGUGGAUUUAUACAAGGUGCUAGGGAAUAGGGUCCCUGACUCAAAACUGGACAAUCCAAUCAGCCCCUUAACAGCCAUUCCAGUGGACUACCUUCCCAGCCAUGAAGGCUAUUUACCCUCCAACAUAGAUGACCUCCCGCCACAAGAGAAUUCUCCAACAGAUUCUUUAGAACCACAGCAUCAGCACAUCUCUCUUUCUGUUUUUGUGUCAAGUUCCCUUCACCCACUCACCUCCUGUGGUGAGAGGCUGACUCUGGAUCAGUUAAAGAUGGGGUGUGUGACUCCCUCGUGAGCAGUGAGGCUUGAUACCUAAAAAGUCAAU